AUGGCUAUACGUGCCCUUGUGGCAGCUGUGCUGUGCCUCUUGACACUCUUCCAUGUUGGUGUUCUUGGCCAUGACCUGCAACCCAGAGCUCUGGGUAUUGCUGAUAUUCCACCAUGCGGAAUCCGAUGCAUACUUAUCACAUUGCCGACAACCGCUUGUACAUUAGACAACACCGACUGCUUUUGCACCGACCAAAAUUUUGCUUUAUCCAAUGCUGCCUGUCUGCUAGCCAAUUGUACCAUGUCAGAUAUCCUAGGCACAGCAAAGGUCCAGGCAAACAUGUGCAACUUGUCCAACGAAUCAAAAAGGCAUCAUGUCUUUUGGUACACUGGCGUCGUAUACGCUGUCGGCAUCCUUUUCGUCGUGCUUAGGAUGGCUGGGAAGUUGGCCUCGAAAAGAUUGUCAGUGGACGAUUGGGUUCUCAUUCUUGCUCUACUUUUAGGUGCAAUACCUAUCGGAUGCGUUCUCAAAAUGGGGACAUUAGGUUUCGGCGAGCAUCUAUGGAACCUUGAAGAUGGGAAGCUCUUGGAGAUAUUGCGCUUAUUUUAUGUCUGCUCAUCGACAUACACUGUUAUCCUCUGCCUCACCAAGGUUUCCCUCAUCUUGUUCUUCCUCCAGAUUUUCCACACCCCUCGCUUCAAGCUAUUUGCAUAUAUUGUUCUCGCCUACAUAAUCAUCAAUAGUCUGGUCAUCUUUUUCAUGACAGUCUUUGCGUGCGCACCCGUAAGCGCCUUCUGGAACCAGGACAUCAAUGGCCACUGCUUGAACGUUACAGAACUCGCCCUCGCGAAUUCUGCCAGCUCCAUUGCCCAAGAUUUCAUGCUUUUGUUACUCCCAAUACCGUUUAUCUCGACGCUCCAGAUGAAAACUUCCCGGAAGAUCUCUGUUAUUCUCGUCUUCGCUAUCGGAUCACUUGGCUGCAUAACAACCAUCCUCCGUCUGCGGAGUCUCCGCUCUUUCAAGGUCUCGAUAGACCCUUCUUGGGACUACGUAACAGUCACAAUCUGGACUGAACUCGAACUGCUGGCCGCGAUAACAUGCGUAUCGCUUCCUCCCAUCCGCCUACUCCUCGUCAGGAUCCUUCCAACGCGCUUCAAAAAGUUCUUCACACAGAAGACCAACAGUAACCGAAGCAAGAGCAACCCAGCACCGCAAUCAGACGUAUCACGUCAAUGGAAGAAACCGGCUACGUGGAUGACCAUCUCAACGAUGCCGGGCGAGUCUAUGAAUGGAACGUCGAAAAGCUUCGGAAACGAUUCCUGGAUAGAAAGAUCAGCCAUACGGCACAGUUCGCAGCGGCUCCACUCUGCACUGAGCGACGAUAGCGAUCACGAGACCGCCGAGCCGCGCUCUCCCUUUGAUGAAAUGAGCCCACACGACAACAUUGAGAUGUACAGCGUGGCCGAACCAGGAAAGACUCACGCAAGACGAGAUUGCACGAGUUGUGGCAGCUUUUCGGACCGCGCGACGGCGUUGCCCACCAUGGGUGAUCUUGGCUGCUUGCCGGAGCGCACGUACUCGAAUACGCCUUACUCGAGUCCCGUACCGGAUAAGACCUUCGAGGACUGGGAACGCAAAUGGCUACGAUGA